AUGAUUUGUACACUCACACUUUUGGUUCUGCAAGGCGGUGGAAAUGUUGAGUCAACACACUCCUUCUACUGUCAUGUGACCCGAGUGAUUUAAUACUGCGCUAAUUUAUUGCUAUGAGACAACGUAUAUCCCAUGUCCAUUUUUAGUAAUUUCUAGGUGACGGUUAUAUAAUUGUGUGUAAUUGUUGUGGCCUCCCACAUUGCUUGCUUUUUUCACAUCCGUGUGUCUGGCUGAUUUUAGUGGCUAUGUAAACUGUGAAAUAGUAUUCCAAUGAGUGAGUAGUCAUAACAAGACACGGCUAUGCCUCUCGGUAAUCCACUCCAAGUCAUUUGAUCACUAUUAGAAUUGGAUGCCGUAGUCCAGUUCUUGGUAUUAAUUGUGUAUCAAUGGCGGUUCACAUUAUCGUGAUGUCAUUGAACAUGUAAAAUGUUGUUUUCGGCCAACGCUUCCUCUUAUCCGCCCACACAUAUCAACAUCCUUUAUUACAUAACUUGAAUAUGAAUUCAAUUAAAGAAUGUUAAACAAACAAUAAUCCAGCCUGUGCAAGAUUCAUGAUGCACUGUCUGGGGAGCUCGCUAUAAAUAGAGCGGCUGCUUAAAUAAAACAGUUCAUCAGUUACACUCAAGACAACGAUUACAUCAAAAGAAGUAACAUUUUCCAGCUGUCAUCCAUCCCUCACCUCACCUGUAGUAAAGCAAUGGAGCAAAUAAUCGCUCUUAUCCUGUGCACAUCACUCGCCCUUCUCGUACCAAAUGUGUCAGCGGCUGCGAUACCUGGUUUCAACGAGUGUAUGGUUAAUGGGCGAUUCUAUGAGAUCGGAGAAUCUUUCCACCCGAUAGUUACUGUCCGGGGACGUGAAUACGAGGGUGUCUGCUAUAACUGCACCUGUCUACCGACGACGAUUGCUCAUUGUGAGGAAGUGUACUGCCCUCAGACUGACUGCCCUGUAUCUUUCAGACUGAAUGGAACCUGUUGCCCUGUGUGUCUCACUACAGGGUCAGAAAUGCCUGCAGGGCCAAAGCAGUGUCUGUUCGAGGGUCUCAGUAUACCUCACGGUGAAGUGUUUCAUCCCCCUUCCAUGUUGGAGACAUUCGAUAAGGAAAUGGAGGGAAAUGAGAGCACCUCUGCAGAGAGCAUCACUGUCAAUCCAUUCUGUACACUCUGUGAAUGUAAAGAUGGUGAGGUUGAGUGUACUGAUGUCUCCUCCACCUGCCCCCCUCUCACCUGUAACUACAGUCAGGCUAUCCUCAUUGAUGGUAGCUGCUGCAUGGCGUGUCCAACUGCCCCUACCCCAACUUCAGAACCCACCUCUUUGAAAGCCUGUACCGAUAACUUGGACGGGAUGGUGCACAGUCACGGUGACUCGUGGAACCCUGUCCACCCUGAAUUUGGUCGCGUGGAGUGCAUUCUUUGCACAUGUACGAACGGCAGCAUCCACUGUGCCCAGGAACCAUGCCCUGAGGUGCCAUUGUGUGGACCCAAUGAACCAUUCCCAGAUGUUGUCAUCUGCUGUCUCAAGUGCAAACCAAGAACGUAUAACCCAGUUGUCACAGCAAGCCCCACCCCCCAGCCCACCACCACUGAGAUGGUGGCAGUUACCACACCUCUACCCAUCACCCCCCCCUGCAAUACAAAGAGUUACAUCAUCAACAUAUUUAAACACACCAGUGCCGACUCACUAGCUGUUGAGAACAUCGAUACUCAGAGUGUGGAUAUUUACUCGUGGACCCUGACAGAGACGGGGGAGCUCAUGAAAAACAUUGUCUCUGUAACCUCUCUCCACUUUAGAGAGAUGUCCGACUACGACAAUUUUGCUUAUGUUGGAAAGACUUUGCUCAGACGAGUGAAUGGACUAACCACUCGAGAGUCUAAGAGAGAUAGGAUCAGACGGUGUAUGAGGAAUUGCUCAUCCCUUGUGGUCAACAUGCUCAGACCCGUCACUGGAGAAUGUACGGACCAAAACUAGUCUAACUCGUUAUAUUCAUAGUCAGAGUAUGAUAUUCAAGUACAGUCUAAUUGUACUAAAUUAUCUUAUAUGUACAGUGUAUACUAUUGUUUCUCAUGCUGGCUGCUGUGCGGCACAUUUAUACUCCAUCAUCACUAUAAUAAUUAUAUAACUAUU